AUGGUUACCAUAUCAGAGAUUAAGGAAACAAAAGCGUACAAAGUAUUGAGUUCCGUGAUAUCAUUUCUCAUUUCACAAUGGUUCUUCUUGUUUUUAGGAGCAUUUAUUGCGAUAGCACAUUCAUACCCCGAGUUUGCUAAGCAAGGAGGGACAGUCAGAGCAGAAUAUUCGAUUCAAUAUGGUGCAGUAGCGGUGAUUUUCUUGAUUAGUGGAUUGUCUAUGUCAACGACGCUGCUUCGCGUCAACUUAUUGAACUGGAGGGCACAUUUCACUGUUUUGUCGACAUCAUUUUUAAUUACAAGUUCAAUUAUAUACGGAAUAGCGUGUGGGAUAAAAGCUGCUAACGACCCGUCUAUGGACGAGUGGUUGUUAGCAGGUAUGAUUGUAACACAUGCAUGUCCAACUACUGUUUCAUCGAAUGUGGUUAUGACCAAACAGGCUCAUGGAAAUGAUGUGUUGACAUUAUUGGAAGUAUCGGUGGGAAAUAUCUUAGGGGCCUUUAUAACUCCGGCGUUGGUCCAGAUGUACUUGGUGGGUACUUGGGAGUUUGCCAAUCCAACCCAUCAAUCUUCUGGCGACACUACAAUUCAAGAUUUAUAUAGAGAAGCUAUGAAACAACUAGGAUUAUCGUUGUUUGUGCCGUUAUUUGUGGGCCAGGUAAUUCAAAAUAUCUUCCCAAAACAAACUAAGUGGACCUUAACGACAUUCAAGUUAGCCAAAGUUGGAUCUUUUAUGUUGUUGUUAAUUAUGUUUCAGUCAUUUUCAACUGCAUUUGCCCAGGAUGCUUUUACCUCCGUCAGUCAUGAAUCGAUUAUUUUCCUUGUAUUUUUCAACAUUGGAAUUUACCUUUUCUUCACAGUCUUGACUUAUUACUAUUCGAGACCAUUAUUUAUAUUGAGAUAUUUCAACGAAGAACCUAACGAAUCGCAUUCUAAAGCUUACAAUUACGGUUACAAGUUACUUAGACCUUUCUACUAUAAUAGACGGGACACAGUGGCCAUAAUGUUAUGCGGGCCCGCAAAAACUGCGGCCCUAGGUGUAUCUAUUAUCUCGUCACAGUAUGGUUCAAAAAAUGAAAACUUAGGUAAAUUGUUGGUUCCUUUGGUGUUAUACCAGGCUGAGCAGGUGAUUACUGCCCAGGUUUUAGUCAAUUUCAUGAGAAAGUGGAUUUAUGCAGAAGAUAAAAAACCUGAUGAUAUAGAAAGUGACGAGCAUGGAGAUAAAAAUUCUCCUGUUGAGACCGAACAGUCCAACUCAGUGGACGAUAAUAAUGACACAACAAGUCAAGUUAGCAGACAUAACUCUAGCAUUACAAAUAAUAAUAAGCUUUCUUCAUAG